AUAAGAUCGCUUCAACUAAAACACGUGCUCUUUGUUUGUAAACAGUGAAUGCCUAUUUAUAGAGACUAGCGUCAUCCCAUCGUUCCUAUCGUGACGUCACGUCCGUAAACAAGCUUCGCGUACCCCAGCAAGCUUUGUCCAGGGUUCUAGAUAUUUCCACAAUAUUCGUGGCGAUUACGCGAAUAUUAGUCACUCCUUGGAUUCAUACAGACGCCCCAACACUCAGACAGACGUAUUCCUCUGUGUUUGAAUUCCAGAUUCCUAAAAUCAUCUGCCAUGGCAGAAAAAGGAGAAAACAGCCCUGAAACUUUGAACAACUUGAUUGACGCCGAGGUGAAUUCUGAAGGAGACGAAAAUGGCCUGAACAGUUCAAACAGCGAGACAGAGAACAAGAAACGUCGAACGCGCACCCCGAGUCCUCCCCAAGCGGCUGGUGUCCCAGGGUUCAUGGUGGCAGCUUCUCCCCCGAAGUUCGUGAGUUUUGAGCAGUUGAUGGAGGCAGCGAAUGGUGUGAGGAACAUGACACUCGCGCAUGAGAUUGUGGUCGAUGGUGACUUCAAACUGGAAACCCGCAAACCACAGAAAAACAGUGUUCAGUCUCAAGUACAGGAAGUAGUACACAAAGCAUUCUGGGACUUGCUGCAUGAAGAGAUCAGCCAGGAACCCCCAGAAUUCAAAAGGUCGCUGGUGCUUAUUGAAGAGGUUAAGGAGGUGCUGUUGUCACUCUUGCUACCCCAGCAUGUUCGAUUACGAGCCCAGGUGAAUGAAGUCCUUGACCUUGAGCUUAUUGAACAGAAGAUGGAGAACGAAGCGUUUGACAUCCACUACUAUGCUGACUAUGUAGUAGGCAUCAUGGGCCGACUGUGUGCCCCCCUGAGGGAUGACCAGAUUGCCAAGCUCAAGGGACAGAAGGAAGUUGUGCCUCUCUUCAAGGAGAUAUUUGAGGUUUUAGACCUGAUGAAGAUGGACAUGGCCAACUUCACCAUCCAGCAGAUGAGGCCAUACCUCCAGCAGCAGAGUGUGGAGUAUGAGCGCAACAAGUUCCAGGAAUUCCUCAAGACACAGGAUGAACAUGGGACAGAUGGCCUGCAGUUCUCGAAAGUAUGGCUGAAGCGAAGCUUCGAACAGCUGUUGGUGGAGGAAGAACCGUUGGGAGAGGGAGCCACUGCAGGGUCAAAAUUCACGCCAGCAUCUAUCAUGAAUGAGGCUUACAUGGAACUUCUACAGUGGAAGGAUGAUCAAGUGUUCCCAGAGACUCUACUGAUGGACCAGGGCCGGAUCCUGGAGCUGCGUGACAAGACUCGUCAGCUGACCCUGGUGGCGUCUGUGUUGCUGGUGACGUACAGUACUGUAGGGGCCCCCAUAGCCGGAAUACAGGACCUCAAGACUACACUCAAGUCCAAUAUACUCACUGUCAUUGGAGAAGAGAAAGAUUUCAAGAAGGUGAUUGUGUCUGUGGCUGAUCAGGUGAAGAAAGAUGUGAAUGAGUGCCUUGUCAAGCACGGCUUCUCCCAGCUGGACGAGGAGAAGGGAAAGUGUCUCAUGGGUCAGAUCUCAGAUGUUGCUGCUGAAGACCAUGCUGUCACAACUGUCAUGCACAAGAGGAUCUGUUCAUUCAUCAAAGGCUCCAUCACUUCCCGACAUACGGAGCCGCUGAAGGUUCCCGCGGGGUACUCCGCCUUCCAGACAGAGCUCAGCCAGAUGCUGGGACGCUUCCUGCGUCUUGUCUCCCACAACAGGUCCGUCUUCGGCGUGCACUACGCCAACAUCAUUGGCUCCCUUAUCCGCAAGCAGCAGGACCUGUCUCCGAGAUAAACAACCAAAGGAACAGUGAAUCUCACAAACAUUUUAGCAUCUACUAGACAAAAUUAUUUGUUCCAGACGUACAGCUGUCAAAGAUAUGUUUUCUUCAAUUAGAAAAAAGCCAUCCAAAUGUGUAGCAAGUCAGACAACCUAGCAUGAUCCAGAGGAGCCAUUGUACACCAUUGGUGUUACCCAACUUGGUUCGCAUUCCACAAAGUGGUCUUUGCAAUACAACUUUCAAAGAUUUUGUUUAAGUAUUGGAAUUAUCAUCAUCAAAGUGCCAAGACUGGAGGGAUGGGUCGUGGGGUAUAAGACAACCGUACUUGACCCUUAAACUCCCUACUUAGGGUAUAUGUUUCUCAAUGUCAAUGACUACUGGUUUUAAUUAUUGGAAGAUACUAGCGCUGUAUUGCCCUAUCAUGUAUGGCGACAUCCCGAGAGACCUGCCAUUUAUUAUAGAGAGGAGGCCUGUGAUUUUAAAUCCUCCAGCGUUAAUUUGUAAAGAUGUGACUUCUAGUUAAAAUGAAACGAAGUUAAUCCUGACACAUAGUCAACAACAAACUCUUCCUUCCAGACAACUGCUUUUAGGAAAGUUUACUUAUUAAAGGGACAUUUCCCCCAAACCUAUGACUUUUUAAUCCCAUAUCUGUUGAUCCAUUAUUUUAAUUGCGAAUGGUAGUGUCCAGAUUGAUAGGAUUUCACUGUAUAUGUGUAAUAUAUUUGUUGUCCUUCUUCUGAUGCCAAAUUGCCAAUUGGAGGAAAAUUAAUCCCCCUUAAAAUGGAAAUGGAAUUAUAUAAUUUAAAAAUACUUCCACAUCUGACAUCAAGGUAUAUCAUGUUUUGUAUCUUUACACUUGUAUUUGGCAUUUCAGUGAUUGCCCAAAUCUGAAUUUCAUGAGUAUCUGUCCUGAGUAUAUUUAAUGCAGCAUCUGUUGUAAUUUCAUUCCGAGUUAUGCAGUGAUGUUGCUUGGCAGUGUCUGGUGUACAUAUCAAGUCAGAAUCACAAGCAGCCUUUUGUAUCAUCUUGCAGGGAAUCAAUCAGAAUGGAUUUUCCACAUAGGUCCAGGGAGUCAGUUCCCAGAUACGUGUCUGGUUGUCAUAUAUUAUUAUUAUUAUCAUUCAUUAGAACAAAGAAGCAAAAUGUGAUACAACCUGCCAAAUAGGUGACUGAAUGUUGGGUAACACUGCUGUGUAACAAGAAGACGAUCUCGUGUGUUUGGGCAUCAUGUUACAAUCCUGUCCUUUUCACACAGUCUGCAGCUUGUCAGUCAGGUUUAGCAUUAUCAUAGAGCAAGAACUUGGUAUCCAUCGGCAUUGAGAAGAUGAAUAUGGUUUCGUAGAUACAUAAAGCCGUAGGGUUUCGGAACAUUGACAUGGUCAGGUUUCAACUUGCCAGAAUACGAAAGGAUAGUUUGAUAGUUAUGAAGCCAAAAAUGUUCUUUGUGGUGAAACUGUCAUAGGGUUUUAGAAGAUUGACAUGGUUAGAUUUCAACUUGCCAGAAUAUGAAAGGAUAGUUUGAUAGCUAUGAAGCCAAAAAUGUUCUUGUGGUGAAACUGUUGGUUCUUAGCGGUCAGGAAAGUGAAUUGUUCGCUGUUGUGAAGAUGUUGCUGGGAUUAUAAUGUUUUUUAUUGUUUGCCUCAAAGGAGAAAGCUGUAAGUCUUACAUUGGAGUGUUAUGCUGAUUCUGAGAAUCGUCAUGUAACCUUGUGUAGUCAACAAUGUGCCGCGGUUGUCAACACGCCGUGUCUCCCCACAUUGUACAUCUAACCUUGUGGCUAAUGUUGGUCAGAACAUGAUUUUUCAAAUUGUAUUUGUUUACACCAUAUAUGUUCAUCAUGACAGUAUUGUAACAGAGUGCUAUUGCAUGAAAGUUUCCUAAAGGACUGGGUAGUGUGUGUAUAGCUCACAGUGGGGCUGGGACGAGUCCACGUUUACUGCUGAGGUUCCCGACCCUUAUUACGCGACUCUACCCAGGCACCCACUGUAGGUCACAAGAGUAGGGUACAUAAUGUCCGACUGAGAAUUGUUUUAAUGGCGCCCUGGCAAAACUUAUUUAGACACACGUAUAAAACAAUCUUGUCUUGCAUACACUGAAGUUGACAGAAGCUUAUCUUUAUUCAAACAUAUAAAGGUCAGAAAAAAUGAGUACAUUGUCAGAAACAAAGAGACUUGUAGUGUAACCAUGAAGUUACAGUGAUUUUUUUGUCACGGGACUAACGUGACUAACCACGGGUCUGAGUAGUCCUGUGGGUACCUGGGUCCUUCUCGGUACCCACCCGACCUGAGUACCUGAGUUACCCGUCCCAGCCCUAGGUCGCAGAGCAUGUUGCAGCAGCAAUGGAGGGAUUGUGCCACAACACUUUGGUUUACGUUUGUCAGAACAGCCAUCUUGUCUUUCUCACCUUUUCAGUAUGAUUUUCUGAUCAGGAACAGAUUACCCUGUUUAGCUACUUCAUAACUUUAAAUGACUUGAAAAACGUGCGGGGUCAUAGAAACUAUGUGCAGGGUUUCAUCAAUUAGGGUGCAAGUGAUCGACGAUUGUGGGUUCGAAUCUAAGAUUCACCCCAAUUAUGUUUCAAUUUCAAAGACCUGCAUCACUUUGGGCUUUCCUCCCAAAUUAUGUACUGUGUCCUCUUGACAUGAUAUGAUUGAAAUACUGUUCAAAAUGACGUUAAGCCAUACUCACUCACUCACUCACUUAUUCAAUGACCUGUAUUGUGUAAACAAUUUUUAGCACCAGAAAAGAUAACAAGACCCUUGUGUGUUUUUUAAAUCAUGGUUGUUAUCAAAAUUGUGGUUGUUUCGAUCCUUGCACAUAGAGCGAUGUGAUACAAAUUUCACUUAUGCAAUACCAUUUGAUUACAGUCCAUUUCUUUUACACGACAUAAUGAAGAGGUUGUGACUCUUGUUCAAAUAUUGAUUUAUAUAGAUCAUGUAGAUUACAGAGAAUUUUUCUAUUGAAUGUCUUAAAUAAUCUUAUUUCAGAAGGGUGUAAUGUUCCGUAUCACAUGAGGAGUGUUGUAUUACCAGUAGUGUGUUGUAUGAUGCUGUAUAGCAUAGACGGUGCUAAUGUUGUGUAUAGUGUGACUGUUUGAUUGGCAUUCUAGAAGUUGGUAAAUAAGUAAGAUAACCGUACAACUCUAUGGAUAACAACUUCUGGUUUAUUGCAUAUAGCGACGUUUCGAUGUAGAUUCUUACACCGUUAUCAAGCUGGAGUGUAUAGUGUGGCUCAAUAGAUGGAGAUGUCACAUUCAAUGUAUACCUGCAACAACCCAUAUCAACUUUAUCAUUCAAAUGUUAUGUGUAUAUGAUACUUUAAAUCUUGAAAUUAACACGAGCGUGAAUUUAAUGCGAAAAAUGCGAGUGGUCUUUGCUCGCAUUAAUUAACUUUGCAUUUAUGUCUUCAAAUGACUAUCAUCAAUCAGACGGCCUCACUGCACACUUUGGAUAGCGGAAAUACCAACUUGAAUAUAAACACAAACACGGUUUAUUGAGCAGUUGUAACAAGUAUAUAACAAUGUCAUUCAAAGAAUAGGACUUACACAAUGGGCAUCCGGUGAGUGAUCACUGCUGGGGUCAAGAGUGCAACCACUCGUGUCAAGCUUGUUGACACCUUCUCCCCAUACCUAUCAGUGAACUGUUGUUGGCUCAAUUAGUUUGUUUUCUUUUAACUUCCUAAUGCCACUCAACAGAGUAAACUUAUAAACUGUGUGUUGUUUUAAGGAAAACAAUGUAUAUUGUUUUUACGGAAGUGCUCUACUCAGCGAUAAUAAGCAGUGCUAUUUGCUGUUUGAUUGGAUUAAGGUAAGGAUAUGUAUCAUUCCACUGGGGAUGGGGUGGGGGAGUCGCAUUGAUAUUGAUUCGCAUUUUUGGCUAGGGGUCAGCAGUCAUAUUAAUUUGGAAUCUCAUUAAUUUCCAGAUUUACAGUAUACGUCUUCAUUUACAUAAGUCAGUCACAAGAAGGGAUCGUCUUUCAACCGGAUCCAUUCAGGAUGCCAUGUCUCAUCUUCAUCAAUUUAGUCAAUCAUGCCUUUGAUUUAGAAGGCGAAAAUAAGUUUU